GAGACGCAGUGAAGGCAGCGCGGCUUAAGGAAACUGGAGCGAACCGAACCGGGUCUAAACCAGGUCUAAACCGGGUUUUAUGACUUUGAUCUGGGGCUGGGGUGAGCCCGGGGGUUGCAUGCACCAGUACCGGGGCUGCAGGAGGUCUGUACCGGCUUCUGUCGCGGUUUGUUGGGGGUUUGGAGGAGUUUCUGAAGUUUUGCCAGAGUUUUGCUGUUAAUUCCUACAGUUGACGUGACACGGUCAGUGGGGUCAGCGGGCUCAGUGAGGAGCCAGUCAGUUCGAACCCAGGGUAAAAGUGACGGAAGUCCGGGUUGGGUUCGGUUUCUCUGUAGUUUGGUUUGAUUCAGUUUAGUUUAGUUGGUGCUGUUGUUUGUGCGUAACGCGUAAUGACCCACAAUGAGACGCCUCACGCCUCUGAUCUGGCGUGCGCGUAGGCCCACGAGACACAGAUCUGCGGGUUUAGCUCCAAAGCUCUGCCCUGUGAGACUAAACCAGGACUAAACCAGGUCUAAACCUGGACUGAACCAGGUCUAAACGAGGAUUAAACCAGAACUAAACAAGGUCUAAACCAGGACUGAACCAAGACUAAACCAGGUCUAAAUCAGGACUAAACCUGAUCUAAACCAGGUCUAACCCAGGAAUAAACUAAGUCUAAACUGGGUCUAAUCUGGGACUAAACCGGGACUAAACCAGAGCUAAACCAAAUCUAAACCAGAUCUAAACCAGGACUAAAACCAGGUUUAAACCAGAACAGAACCAAGACUAAACCAGUUCUAAACCAGGACUGAACCAGGACUAAACCUGGACUGAACCAGUUCUAAACCAGUACUAAACCAGAUCUAAACCAGGAAUAAACCAGGUCUAAAUCAGGAUUAAACCAGGACUAAACCAGAUCUAGACUAGGACUAAACCAGUUCUAAACCAGACUAAACCAAGACUGAACCAGGAUCAGAGCAGAACUAAACCAGGACGGUAGAUCCAAUAUGUCUGCCCUGUGGUCCCCCUUCGAGUCCAGUUUCAGUCAGGUUUUGGUCCUGGUCCUGGUCUUGGUCUUGGUCCUGGUCUGGACUUUGGACCUGAUGAGACCUGGUUCAGUUCCUGUGAUCCACAACAGAGAGACGGAGCUGAACCAGUACCUCCUGGAGAACUGCCCCCUGCUGUCCGAGCCGUACAUCCCUCCUCUGUGGGGACGCAGUGGUCAUGUGCAGACUUGGGUCUACUCUCUGAUUGGUCGAUUCGGAGUCCCCAGUCCAAAGGGGGAGGAGUUUGUGAUGCAUUUGAGUGACGGCUCCACAGCGUCCUUCAAACUCUUCAGCCCCAGCUCCCUAUGCAGGCCAACAGCUGACCUGACAUUGGCGCUGUGCCCAGGCUUCUGUAACCACAGUGAACAGAGGUACGUGCGCUCGUUUGUGCACGAGGCUCUGAGACAGGGGUUCCGCUGUGCCACACUUAACCUGCUGGGGGCGCUACCUACAGUCCCUCUGACUGCGCCCCGGGUCUUCAGCUACGGUUGCACUCUGGAGUUCGGGUCUAUGGUCCAGACCCUGAAGUCCCGGUUUCCUCAGACCCAGUUGGUUCUAGUCGGGUUCAGUCUCGGUGGAAACAUUGUGUGUAAAUAUCUGGGCGAAGACCGGACUCAUCAAGACCGGGUUCUAUGUGGACUCAGUGUGUGCCAGGGAUACAGCGCCUCCAGGGCUCAGGAGUCUCUUCUUUGUUGGACUCAGGGGCGACGUUUCUAUAAUUUCCUGCUCACCUGCUCCUUUAGAAGGCUCCUCCUCCGACACAGACAGACUCUGUUCAGUCCAGACCAGGACUUGAGUCCUCUGUUCAGAGCCACAGCCCUGAGAGACAUUGAUGAGCACUACAUCAGGAGGUUCCAGGGCUACAGUAGUUUAAAGGAGUACUAUGAGACUGAGAGCUGUGAGCACUACCUCCACAAUAUUUCAGUUCCUCUGCUCCUCGUGAACUCCUCUGAUGACCCUCUGGUCCCUCCCACACUGCUACACCUCGCCAAAUCACUCGCAGAGUCUAAGCCGUGUGUGACCUUCUUGCUCUCUUCACAUGGCGGACAUCUUGGAUUCUUUGAGGGUUGGAUUGUUCCUCAGUCAGGUUCUUGGAUCGACAGAGUCCUGCUCCAGUACAUUCAGGCACUCUACAGGAGGUCAGAGGUCAUGCAGUGUGGUCAUGUGACACAGACAGAGACUGCACAUAUCCCAGGACAUAGCUAACCUGCUAGCCGCCACGUUCCAUACAGGAAGUGAGCAUGGGCACGAUUCAGCUCCAUCAACUUCUUUCAAUUGAAAAACUGUUGCCCCUGUCUCUGUAAGUGCUGCUGUCAAGCUUGUCAUUUUGGUCUUAAAAACCCGCUCUACAUGAUCCUGUUUUUUUUUUAUUUCACUAUUGUCUCAAUAAAUCAAGAUAUGAACAUCAAUAACAGACAAAUCGGGCACCUUCUUCCCCCCAAGUCACUCCUGAUAGCGUUAGCAACAGGUUUGAUUGACAGUGUUGCUAAGCACCCAAUCUCUGCUAAACCAGCAGUGCAGAUGGUAAAGGGCACUACCUUCCAGAGCUUUGCUGUUGAUUAGCUCAUUGGUUGCUAUGAUACUUGCAGUCAGAAUUCCAAAUAUUUAACUGGGCUCCAGAUUAGCUGCUAUAACUGCUAGCCUCGAUGAACUUCAUUAGGAGUUGAAUGCUGUGGGUGAUGGCACACUCACUUAGUUCACUUAAAAUACACAGGCUAUGUACAUGCCCCCAGGUCAUGUGACUGACCUGAGAGUGGACUUUAAACCUUCAUCUUUCUCAGGAACAUUUACGUAAUUCUAGUUUAAAGCCACAGUGUCUAACUUUUUAGCCAAUAUAAAAUCAUAUUUAUUGCACUGACUGUUGUUUCCCCUCCUCCUGCUUGAUUCCAUGAAAGUCUUGUUUCUUGGGCUAUAGUGUUCCAAAGUAAAAAAUGAGAUAAACCUUUAUUUGUCCCAUAGUUGGGAAAUUACAGUUACAGUUAUAGGCGUUAGAAUGUUGAGCCUGUGCCCACACCCAGGGGGCUCUCUUUUCUACAUUCAGACUGUGUGUUUUCAAAGCAGGAAAAAUGUGUGAAAUGUGUCCAAAUGAUUUUAGAAAAACAGAAUUAUUAAUUAUAUUAUAAUUACUUUUAUUAUGACGGGGAUUGAUACUUUGCAGUGACGUCACGCUGGGGGUGUUCUACAUGUAUUUCUAGGGUAGAAACUUCAACAGUUACCAUGGUGACAGGAUCCACACAUUCGGAAACAAUGACAAAAAAGUUUUAAGAUCUUCUGAAAACUCUUGAAAAAAUGGAAAGUGAUUUAAAGAGCAUAUUUUCAGGAAUCUAUGAUCAAUCCGAGUGUUCAUGGUCCUGUUUAGGGCCACAAAACAGUGAGUGACUAACUGAAAAACUGUUGGCUAAUGCUAGCUAGCUUGUGACUGUAAUGUUAUUUGAGAAGGACAGCACAAAUCAGCUCACCUGUUGAAGUUCAGAUAAAUCAGUUCAGCUUUAUGUUCCUUCUUCUUUACUGUGUUAAAAUAAAUCUCAGACUAAAGUCUGUCAGAACUUCAGACAGAGCAGUACCUACUGUUAGUAUCACCCCCCAGAAAGUGGAUGACAUCACCUGCAUAGGAUCAAUAGUAACAGGAUGAUGCAUUUAUCUCAGUUACAGAUUUCAUAAUGUUUGCUGUACCAUUUAUAAUCACAUCUUAAAGCUUUACUUUAAACUUUACAAAACAAUGUUGUAUAAAUGAUGAACACCUAAUGAGUUUAUCUUUUAUUAAGAAAGAUGUUUGAGCUGCUGCCUCACAUUUGAAUAAAUUAUUCUUGU